AUGCCUGCCCAUCACACCCUCAUCGAGACGUAUGGCCAGCGGUCAGAACGGCCAGGCCUCACGCCAUUGGCCACCUACCUGCUGCAAUUGAUGCACUUCAAGAGGACCAACCUCUGUCUCUCCGCCGACGUUUCCACGACUGCGGAGCUCCUGCAACUCGCCGAAGAGGUCGGCGAUCAAAUAUGCAUCCUCAAAACCCACGCAGACAUCAUCAAGGACUUUACAGAUCGCACAGCUUCUCGUCUGGCCGAAAUCGCACGGCGGAGGCAAUUUGUCAUCUUUGAGGACCGCAAAUUGGGAGACAUUGGGAAUACCGUUCAACAGCAGUAUAUUGGCGGAACUCUAUCCAUCGUGCGCUGGGCUCAUAUCGUCAAUGCACACCUCUUCCCCGGACCCAGCAUUAUCGAUGCUCUGGCAGAGGGUGCAAAAAAGGCCAUUGCUGCCUACAAUACUUCUGUGCAGACCAACAUCUCCGCUUCGCCCGCACUAUCACUGGAUGGAGCUGCGGACGACCGAUCGGUCAGCAGCCGAGGGUUUGAUUCGGAGGAGCACGAAGCCGCGUCCGAGGAUGAAGAGAGCUCAGGUAUUGAGGAGGAGACCGAGGAGGAGCGACUGGGGCGGAAGAACUCCGUGGUCUCGGUCAGCACCACCAUCAGUACCAAGACAGAAGCCAUAAGUCCGCAGCCCAGUUUCCGGCCAUCCCUCUCCCGCGGUGCAUCGGGAGACAGCGACGUCGAGGAGGAAGAAGUCGAUCUGGAGGAGCUAGGUCCGCCGCCAUUCUACCGAUCGCUAUUGCUUCUCGCCCAAAUGUCCUCCAAGGACAACUUCUUCACCCCUCAAUACACCGCCGCUUGUGUGAAGCACGCGCGCGCAAAUCGAGAUUUCGUCAUUGGCUUCAUUGCGCAGGAGUCGUUGAAUGUGGAAAGGGAAGACAACUUCAUCACCAUGACGCCGGGCGUGCAGCUGGCGGCAGGCAGUGACGCCAUGGGACAGCAGUAUAAUACGCCGCACAAGGUGAUUGGCGAGGCCGGUUCGGAUGUGAUUAUCGUCGGUCGGGGUAUUCUGAGUGCCAUUGACAAGCGGCGAGCGGCGCAUGAGUAUCGCAAGCAGGGCUGGGCGGCGUACGAGGCGCGAAUCAAGGCGGGACGGAAGCGGUCGAGAUAG